ACUUAUUCACAACUUGCAUCUCCCUCUUCUCUCUUUUCUCUUCUCUGCGCCUACCCAGUGACCCAGAUUCUUUUUUUUUUUUUUUAAUUCAUUUUCCUUUUUUGUUCAAAAUAAUAAAAAAUGUUGAAGCUUUCGUGCAAUGGCUUGGACCGGGUUCACUCCCUCGCCCAAUGCGGCUUCACGGGUCGACCCGCUUCCCUUCUCCCUUGCCGGAGGAGAAGCGCCUUCGCCGGAUUCCGUGUUCCGGCAGCUAGGCAAUUCCCGGUCCUGGCGUUGGUGUCGGAUAAGGACGGUGCGGUGGUGAACCGGGUCGAACUGGAGACCGGGAACCUGGCGGACCGGUUGAGGCUUGGGAGCUUGACGGAGGAUGGGUUGUCUUAUAAGGAAAAGUUCAUUGUGAGGAGUUAUGAAGUUGGGAUUAACAAGACUGCCACUGUUGAAACCAUUGCUAAUCUCUUGCAGGAGGUUGGAUGUAAUCAUGCUCAGAGUGUUGGAUAUUCUACUGAUGGUUUUGCAACCACACCUACGAUGAGAAAAUUGCGUCUCAUAUGGGUGACUGCUCGCAUGCACAUUGAAAUCUACAAAUACCCUGCUUGGAGUGACGUUGUUGAGAUAGAAACAUGGUGUCAAGGGGAAGGAAGGGUUGGAACAAGGCGUGAUUUUAUACUGAAAGACUAUGCAACUGAUCAAGUCAUUGGGAGAGCAACAAGCAAGUGGGUAAUGAUGAAUCAGGACACCAGACGACUCCAAAAAGUCUCUGAUGAUGUUCGCGAGGAGUAUCUGGUUUUCUGUCCUCGAGAGCCCAGGUUGGCAAUUCCUGAGGAGGACAGUAAUAGCUUGAAGAAAAUUCCGAAAUUGGAAGACUCUGCUCCGUAUUCCAGACUUGGACUUGUGCCAAGAAGAGCAGAUCUGGACAUGAAUCAGCAUGUUAACAAUGUCACCUAUAUUGGAUGGGUGCUUGAGAGCAUGCCUCAAGAAAUCAUUGAUACCCAUGAGUUGCAGAGUAUUACCUUGGAUUACAGACGAGAGUGCCAACAAACAGACAUAGUUGAUUCCCUCACUAGUGUGGAACCGAUUGAGGGCACCGAGGUGGUUCCAGAACUGAAGGCUACAAACGGAUCUGCCAUAGCAAGGGAAGACCAACACGAACACCAGCAGUUUCUGCAUCUACUUAGGUUGUCUACUGAUGGACUUGAGAUAAACCGGGGACGAACCGAAUGGAGAAAGAAAGCUCCAAGAUGAGGAACGUUAAGUGUGUUUCCAUCUUAGUCAUGAUUCUGUUUUGAUCUUGUUCUGUUUCAUGUUUCUUGGGUUUUCUUAUCAAUUUUCGCCCAAUAUUUUGCUUAGAGUUCAUGCACUUGAUAGGGAUUGGAAAGCUAGAAUUUGUUGUUGCGUUCUUGUCAUGACCAUAAAUUUAAAUGAUUGUCCAAAUCCUGUAGAUAGGUCGCAUAGGUUGACAUUAAUUUCUGAUGCAUUGGGAUCAGAUUCCAUAAAUGUCAGUUACUGUACCUUACAGGAGUUUAUAGUCCUAUCAUUUAUAUCCAGAAUAUUGGUAUGGAUCUGCCAUCUGCUGCAUGACUUUUAAGAAUGUGUGUUCUUAUAAUAAUCGUUUGAAAUUAAUUCAAUUAGCUAAUUAUUCCGUUUCAUGUUUAAUCAAUUUUUGGGGGAAGGGGAAUGGGGAGGGAAAGGUGCUUUUUUUAGUAUGGGUCUUACUAACUAGUUUCCUUAGGAGACUUGUUAAGGAAUUAACAAAUAAUGAGUAUUUUUUUAUUAAAAAUUAUAUUGGAUUGUAAUAAAAACCGAGUGUAUUUUUUAUGUUUUUCAAUAAAAAAAAAUUCUUUUGAUUCUUUGACUAAUGUCUUAAGUGCACUUGUUAGCAUUUUCUUCUUAAUAUCUAUGGUCCUUCUACGCUUUCUCUCUCUCUCCUUUUGACUAUAUGUUGCAAAGUAAAUGUUAUUUAUCAAAAGUGAUUUAUGCUCAUAACCAACGAACUGCUGUGCGUUUUUAUCUGAAUAAUGUAGCAUAAGUGCUUACUGUUGGAAUAGGUGGUUAUAAUCUACAAAUUUUGUCUUUAAUUUCAAGCUGUGUUGUUCUUUAGUAAGUGUUAUUUUUGUGAAAUUAAACUGUAAAAUGUGUCAAAUUUUCACUCAUUCCCGCUUGUGGUAGCACUUUGUUUGUAUGAAUAUUUGGCUAUGCUUACAGCUUGUACUUACUCUGGUUUUUUUUUUGGGUAAACUACAGCUUGUACCUAUUUUAUUUUUGGUCCAAACUACUGCUUGUACUUACAAACUGUAUAAAAUGCACCUCAAGGCUAGGCCAGUGGCACAGGCCUUAUAAGGAUUACUAUAAUCUAGAAUCAAACCUAAGCCUAAUUUAACGAGCAAAGGUUUCUAUGCUUACCAGUUGAAACAAUAAUCACUCGGCCAAGUUCAUGUUAUUCAAUGUUGUCUAAUUUUCUUACGAUGGGUUAUAUUGGACGAUAUACAUUAUAAGUUUUUAUUGAAAAUGAUAGUAUUUAAUACUAUCAACCAUGGUAGUUAGUAUUGCAUGAUUUGCGAUUUGAUACGUUGCCAGUUUUGUUCUAGAAUCGCAGCUUGAAUUCUGGGUCGCGCUGGCACGGCACAGUGCAGCUGAUGGCUGUCACGUUGAGUGGCGUUUGUUAGGUUGCAGUGGGUGCGGGAGUUAGCGGCGCGUCUGACACACCUAUUCGAUUUUGAGCUUUUCUGGUGUUCUCUGUCCCGCGUCUCUGUUAAUAGAAGAAAUCAGUUUUUCUAGCAUUUCUACUAUUUUUUAUUUUUUACUGUUCACGCAUUUCAAACUCCUUUUCUGUUUAUUCUCUGCUAUUCAAAUUCUGACGUUCUGUUGAUGUUAUGCUUUUUUAUUUAAUAAAUUUUUAUUAU